AUAACGUCUCUAGGCAACAAUGUGUCAACACACAGCCAGUACAGACAGCUCCAUCGAUGAGAGGUUAAAUUAACAUCGACAUGUACAAGAGCUACCAGCCCUUUCAUCCUGUCGCCAACCAUUUGCAGCAGAAAUGGCAAUCCAGACGCUAUUCAAACCACCUCGACAAGGUGCAAUUUGCCCACCCUGUAGUGGACACCAGGAGAAGGCGCAAAUCAGCAAAUUCCCAGUGUAAAAUGAAGAGAUUGCAGGAUCGACGACUGUCUGCUGCCAGGAGAGACAAUUGUCUUUUGGCUUCCAGGAUGAGAGACGAUCGUCUUUUGGCUUCCAGGAUGGCUAACAUCAAAAGCACAGUGAAUGACAGGAAUGAAUACUACUUUAAAAGUAUGAAUACUAGAAAAAGGAAGCAGGAUCUUAUGGUUAUCAGUGAGGAAAAUCAGGCCAUGUACCAACGAAUCUUAUCCCGAAAGUCGGUGUACUGCCGAGAGCAUUUUCUGGGUGACUGGAUGAAGACAAAGAUCUUGCGACAACACCUCUCCCGGUAUCCUAGGGAACAAGCAACUCAACAGAGACUGGAAAGGAAAGAGAAGAUGGUGACCUUUGACAAACAAGACCAGUCUUCAAGCAAGUCAACCACUGGCAGAACCAAAGAAAUUCCUAGAGACCAUUUGAAUGCUGGCAAAAGGAAGCAGGAUAUUGUGGCUAUCGGUGGGCAAAAUAAGGCCAUGUACCAACGGCUCACACCCCAAAAGUCUGUGUUCUCCCGAGAGCUUUGGUUGGGUGAAUGGAAAAAGACGGAGAUCUUGCGACAACACCUCUCCCGGUAUCCCAGGGAACAAGCAACUAAACAGAGACUGGAAAGGAAAGAGAAGAUGGUGACCUUUGACAAAAAAGACCAGUCUUCAAGCAAGUCAACCACUGGCAGAACCAAAGAAAUUCCUAGAGACCAUUUGAUUGCUGGCAAAAGGAAGCAGGAUCUUGUGGUUGUCGGUUGGCAAAAUCAGGCCAUGUACCGACGACGCCCAACCUACAAGUCUGAGUUCUCCCGAGAGCAGUUGUUGCGUGAUUGGAAAAAGAAGCAGCUCUUGCGACAACACCUCUCCCGGUACACCAGGGAACAAGCAACUAAACAGAGACUGGAAAGGAAAGAGAAGAUGGUGACCUUUGACAAAAAAGACCAGUCUUCAAGCAAGUCAACCACUGGCAGAAGCAAAGAAAUUCCUAGAGACCAUUUGAAUGCUGGCAAAAGGAAGCAGGAUCUUGUGUUUAUCGGUGGGCAAAAUCAGGCCAUGUACCGACGACGCCCACCCUACAAGUCUGAGUUCUCCCGAGAGCAUUGGUUGCCUGAAUGGAAAAAGACGGAGCUCUUGCGACAACACCUCUCCCGGUACGCCAGGGAACAAGCAACUAAACAGGACUCUUAAGGCAAGCAACAACUACGGACACCCAAACAGUUUUAACAGAUUUAUUUGGUAACUGAAUGUGCUGGAGAGUGUGUGGAGGGUCGUCGAUCAGCGGCAGCAGGGAGGAACUGGGCCAGCGGAGGAACUGCAAAGGGCAAGCGGUUAAAGUGGGAAGUAAUGAAGGGAAUGAUGGCGUGACCUGAUGGUGACUUACGGGCUGCGGGUUGAGGUAAGCAGAGGAGAGUACAUGGGGGUCCGGCAGGGUUUUCCAGAUGGGGGAAGUUCCAGCAGGCAAUUGAGGGUGGACAGGCAGCAGCUGAGUGGCGGGCGUCACGCACCCAGGUGCAAGGCCAAACAGAGCAGCUAGGAUCCGAUUCUUCAGGUGGGGCCGGUUCAGAGAGUGUACAGCUCGGGUUCACUGUAGAGGGAGAAGCAGACAAAAAGGAGUCAGAACAAGGAGAACACUGGGAAUACAGCACUGACAGCUAGAGAGUACCACUGUAGAAGCGGAACCAUCUGGCAUCCGACUCUGGAAGCCGCUCCCCUUUGAGGACCUUGCAGAUUGGAGGUGAUGAGCAACAGCUGGAUCCCAUCAGCCUGCCACCCUGUGAAGGAGAAGGAACCACCCCCUGCCGAACCCAACACUUUCACUCCCUUCAGUCUCUUUUUCUGGAUUGAGUGAUGCCUCCCACUGUCCCUGUCACUUUUUUCCACCUUUUCUAAUUUAUCAUCUUUUCAUUGGUUGUGUAUUUGUUUUGUCCUAUUCAGUUAUGUAAGAAAAAGAAAAAUACUCAUAGAAGGUGAAUCGUUUGCCUUUUUCCAUCCGUAUACUCGGUACCUCUUUUGUGCCAGUGUUUCCUCUUUUCUGUCAAUGUCAUGGAGAAACUGUGUACUAUGUGGCAUACUGUGUCAUUGGUAGUUAACAUUUCUCUUGUAAUGUCUCCUUUCUUCAUAAUAAAAGUGUUAAUAAUAAAAGUAUUACCUACAGAAUCCAGUUUUUUUCUCUCAAAAUCCGUGGUUUAUCUCUCAAAGGUAAAUAUUUGUCAGUGAACAUGUCAGUGCCUUAGAAAGACAAGGAAACAGCAGGGAAUUGAAAUAAUCACUUGCAUGGAUGUACAAAAGCAUUUGCAACUUGUUCACAGAAAUGGCUUUUUUUGAUGUACACAAGUGAUGCAAUGAAUUAAAGAUUGAUCAAGUAGUUUUGAGAAUUUAAAUUCUGUUCUGAAAAAUGCACUGAGAAAACUGUAAAUGUAUCAUAACAUAUGUCAGGCAGCAUCAUUGUGACCUGAGUGAUGCCUGCUGAACUGUGAAAUGGUGGAACUAAUAUGUAAUUACUAAAUAAGCUGUAAAAGUUUACAUAAAACCAAAUUAUACAUCUGUUAGCCACAGACUUCAGUUUAUAAGCUGUACAUGUGUUUGGAAUCAGUUCUAUGUUUUG